AUGCCGCUCCCCGAGCUGAUCGAGAUAGUUCCUUUUUCGGCAGAGCAGCUGCGAAGUUUUCGAUGGAAGAAGGCCGAGAUUAUGGCAAUUGUACUGGCCGCACUUGGCAAAGGAGAAGUGGUCCUAAAAGGAUCGCUUUGGAGUGAGGACACCGAGGCCAUGGUGGAUUGCAUGAAGCGUUUGGGCAUCAAAGUGGACGUGGCACCUGACCCGGUACUGGAUGCGAAUCGCACAAUCACCAUACAAGGAUGUGAUGGGAAAAUCCCUCCUGGGGGCACAGAGCAAGCUCCUAUAGAGCUUUUCGUUGCCAACGCGGGCACGGCGGCACGAUUUCUGUCUGCGAUGGUUUGCUUGGGCAGCGGCGUUUAUCGCCUCAGUGGCGUGCCUCGCAUGCAUGAGAGGCCACAAAAAGAGUUGAUUGAAGCCUUGCGUGCGCUGGGCUAUCGAGUAGAUACGCCGAACAACAAGCUGCCAGCCCUAUUCUUUGGCAAGGGGCCUCUCCAUGGCGCCGUCACGGUUAGUGUGCAGGACAGUUCCCAGUUUGCCAGCGCGCUGUUGCUGUCCAGCAGGGCAGGGGGCUGGGAUGUCUCUGUCCCGCCCGAUGCGAACCCGGAUGAGCUGCCCUAUGUGGAAAUGACGAGGGAGCUCCUCAAGUCGUUUCCGCACGAAGGAGGAGACUUCCAAAUUGAAGCUGAUGCCUCGAGUGCCAGCUACUUCCAUGCAGUGAAUGCUUUGUUUGGCAAGAUCCAGCCAGUGCGGGUGCUGGCUUGCCAGGCUCCCAAAUGUGACGGUGGCACCGGCUGGCAAAUAGAUGCUGAGUUUCCCAGGCUAGCGCCCUUGAACGAGAAGAUGUACAGCGCUCGGCAGCAAGCUGCUGAAUGCUGGAAAGGCUUCUUCUACUUUGUUUCACGGUGCCUGCUUGGCCAUGAGAGAAUCCACGACCCCUACAUCAUCUCCAGGAAAAACCAGCUGGGUGACUCCAUUAUGACAGCCAUCACCAUCUCUGGCCUGGCUGAUGGUCCCUAUGCCUUCAUCCAGCUAGGGGUGCUGCGGAAACAGGAGUGCGAGCGCGUGAAGGCGCUCUACGACGAGCUGCGGAAGUGCAACUUCCGGGUCAUCGAAAGCGGGGACACGCUGGAGGUGCUGCCGAUCCGCGACGAGGCAGAGCCUGGCAAUGCCAGGAUCAAGACCUACCACGACCACCGCAUGGCCAUGUGCUUCGCCACUUUGGGCCUAGCGGUGCCCGGUCUGAAGAUUGAGGACCCCAGCUGCGUGCGGAAGACGGUGCCCUCCUUCUUCCAGAUCCUGGCCGCCCCGCCGCCUAAGGGCCUGGGUGUGGAGAUUUGGGAGUGCGACCAGGUCACAGGGGAGCGGGUGAGACGAUUGCAAAGUCCGGAGGUCAUUUUGUGUACCAUCUCAUCGGGAACCGAAGCCUACGAGCAAGGUCGGCGUGUGCUGGCCUUUGCCAGCCCAUGGUCCUACGAGGAGCCCAGCUGUGACUCUGACAGCGACAUCAAGCGCCUUGAGAGUGAGAUCCAGGUGCUGCGCACCCAGGGCGAGGGACACGCCAAAUUGGAGGUGAAAGUCCAGGACCUGGACUUUCAACUUCAAGAGCUCAGGUCGGCACUGCGGGGUGCCAACGAGCGCGCGGAGGCGUCGGAGCAGCGCCUGGCGAGGGCGGAGUCGGAGCUGCUGGAGCUGCGGGAGCUGCGGGUGCGGAAGGAAUCGCCGUCGAAGCCUUCGCCCAAGCCCAAGAUUGCCAAGCCGGGGAAGCCCGCCACGCCUGCGUCGUGGGCAGGUGAGCAUGCACGUGAGGUGGAGCAGCUCACUCAGAAGCGGCCACGCUUGGAGGCCAGGCCAGACGCAGACACAAAGUACCCGAAUCGUCGAGGAGAUGCUGGAUCGGCAAUGUCGUUGGCUUCCGAGCUGGCAGAGAAGAUCUCGGCUGAGGAGCGCAUGGAGGCCUUGCUGGCAGCAUCCCAUCGGGACUCAGCAGGCGAAGCAGCAGUCCGCGUGCCAGCACAGCCCACCUUGGGCUCUGGGCCUUGCAAGGUGACAAACCUGCGGCGGUCCCCUGCUCUGCUUGCUCUUCCAGCCCCUCCUAGCCCGACGCUUUCACGUCGGAGGCACGAGGAGGACUCCGCAGAGGCAGCCGCCCUGGUUGCGAAGGUGGCGCGAGCUGAGGCGGAGGCCCGGCAGAGCCGCAUUCGCCAGCUGCAGCAGGAGCUGGCACGGCAGCGACAGGCCUUGUCCAAGCGCCAGAAGGAGUCAAGGACGCACGCUGGGGAGGAUGCAUCCAAAGGCCGCGCGGGCCAGAAGCGCGAGGGCCGCGAGCCGCACGAGGCUCCCGCCCGCGAGGCUCCACGAGCCUCGGAGGGCGAGGCAGGGAGAAGGGAGUGGGACUGGCACGCAAAUGCGAGAAUGCAAUGCGGUGGCUGCGUGAAGCCCUCUGUGAACUCUUACUUUUGCAUCAUAGGCCUUCAUUGCGCCGCGGCCGAAGCGACGUGCACGGGGAGACAGCGAGAUGCUGUGAGUUGUGUGGCCCAUGGCGGCAGCGCUGCGUGCGCGGGCUUUCCGGGCUGCGCCACGCUGGCUGUGCCGUGGCAGGCAAGGCGGUGCUUCUCCGUGGAAGUGCAGAUCUCCCAGGAGCGUUUGCACGAAUUCCUCCAGGCUGAAGUGGUCUUCUUUGCCGGCCGCGAGCCGAAGUCCAUCACACUGCGGCAGAUCCUGGAUGCAAAGACCCCUGAGCAGGCGGCAACGUUGGCAUACCGAGAGCUGCCGAUUCGCUAUGCCCAGCGGAUUCUGCAGAUUGAGGCGCUGCCUGGCUGGAAGGCUUCUCAGGAGCUGGUGGAGGUGCACCGCCUCUACUCGGAGAACUUCAAGGACAUCCGCUUGGUGGAGCUGGAUGUGAAAGAGCUUGAGCCGUUCACUUCUGUCAUCGAGACUAUCAAGGGCAGGAUGAAGGAGGUGAUCCCAAUGCUGGCAACUGCCAUGCGGAACCUGCAGCAGACAGAGGGCUACUCCGAGGCAGCGAUUGUCCAGUGGCUGGAUACUUUUUUCCUGUCCCGCAUCGGUACAGAGAUGCUCACCUCUCAGUACAUGGCCUCGGCCAAGCCCGACAAAGCAGCCAAGCGGCGCCGCCGCGUGGGCGUGGUGGACUACGCGUGCGAUCCUGUGAGUAUCUGCGAGCAAGCGGCCAGGCACGCUCGAAAGCUGUGCAAGCAACAUUUCGAUGAAUCUGCAGAUGUGGAGAUCAUAGUGGAAAGCAGCAUUGCCUCCACAUUUGAGAUUGAGAGCCGCAUCCGCUUCCCCUACGUGCCCAACUACCUCUUCUACAUCAUGGUUGAGCUCCUGAAGAACAGCGCCCGUGCUACUGUGGAAGCACAGCAGGAGUCGCCUGGACAGCGGCGGAGCAUCGUCAUAACAGUGGGUGCAGAUCCAAGCGAGGUGGCCAUCCGUGUCUUGGACUCGGCCGGGGGCAUCCCCUUUCACGCCGCGGACAAGGUCUGGUCCUACAUGUACUCCACCGCCUCAAAGGCAGCCCGCAACUUCGAUGAGCAGGGCACCCCUUUGGCAGGCUAUGGGGUGGGCCUGCCACUGAGUCGGCUGUAUGCCAGAUACUUGGGUGGCGCCUUGCACCUUCAGUCCCUGCCUGGUGUGGGCACUUGCGCGUAUCUUUACCUGAAGCGCCUCGAGACUGAAGCGCGGGAGGAGCUGCCCACUCAUGACUCUGUGAGCAGCAUCAGCAUCAUUUAG